CCCUCAUUCUCUAAUUGGCUUGCAUUCCCAUUUCCUCCCAAGCGUCAGAGUGCUCACUUUUCCCAGGCUCCUUAGUCAGGGACACAAAAGUCUCUCUCUACAGUUUUUGUUUCACUCUGCUCAGACGUUUCUUUAAGAAGUUCUGAAGAAUUAAUGACUCAAGGAAAUGACACCUCUUCAGUCAUUGGCCCUCUCUCUCUUUCUUGUUUUUCUGGCACGUUAUUCAAAUCCACUGGAGGAUAAUAAGAUUCACAGUCUGUGUAUGGGAAGCCCAGGUAUCCCGGGUUCUCCGGGGUUGCAUGGCAGGCCAGGACAACCAGGCAGAGAUGGCAGAGAUGGAAGAGAUGCACCACUGGGGGAGAAAGGGCAAAGAGGAGAUCGUGGAGAGCCUGGUGAGCCAGGUGUGAGGGGCCUGACCGGAGACAGAGGUGAUCCAGGAGAGAAAGGUGAGAAGGGAACCCCAGGAGAGUGUGCGGUUGCUCCUAAGUCAGCGUUCAGUGCCAAGCUGUCCGAAUCCCACACAAUGCCGUUAGCAGUAGGCGAUGCAGUGCGCUUUGACAAAAUCAUCUUGAACGAGCAGGGCGAUUACAACACAGAGACUGGACGCUUCACAUGCAGGGUGCCAGGUGUUUACUAUUUUGCUGUCCAUGCCACUGUGUACCGCUCCAGUCUACAGUUUGACCUGAUGAAGAAUGGACACGCCAUGGGCUCUUACUUCCAGAUGUUUGGCAACUGGUCCAAGCCGGCAUCACUGUCUGGAGGCACUCUGCUGCACCUGAUUCCUGGCGAUCAGGUGUGGGUACAGAUGGCUUUGGGUGAAUAUACCGGAUUUUACUCUAGCCCCAAAACAGACAGCACCUUCACUGGCUUCCUGGUGUACUCAGAUUGGAAAAACUCGCCUGUUUUUGCUUAGAUUUAUGGUACAUAAAAUACCCCAAAAUACCUUCAAUCAAAAACACUAAAAGGAUUUUUUUUAUAUAUAUUUGUAUUUAUUCUUCGAGAAGCAAAUUAUAAAUGCUGCAAGAUUUACUUUUCAUGAGCUGAUACAAAUGAGUGUCUUUAAAGUUGUGAGUGAAUCUGAAAAGUGAAACAGAUAUACACACUUAACUAACAAAAACAAAUCGUUGUCAUUGUUUUUGAUGCAUUGUUCUGCAACAGUUACAGACUAAGGCCAGUGACCGUGAUCAAUGUAUUUCAGCAUCCUUUUCUAAUAGACAAUAUCCUCAGCCUCAUUUGCACAUUAUGUACUUGACAGUAAAUAACAUAUUACAUAAAAGACCUGUAGCUUUUGCUUAUAGCAUUUAUCAGGGAAAGCAUAUAACUGCAAAACAAUUGAUGCAAACCGAUGCAGAAAUAUAAUUAUUUUGAUUUUUACUGUGGAUUCAUUUACUCUGCUUCACUAUCAGAGCACCUUUGACUUCAAUAAAGUUAAUCUGUGAGACUGA